GCUCCCGACUCAAACUACGACAUCACCCUGGAAUGCAUCGUCAACGGAUACCCGGACCCAGAUUUGUACUGGUACACUGGAGUGUACCAUCCGGAGGAGAACAAUCAGUUUCUGGUGACAAAUGACAGAUACGAGUUGUGGAAAAUGAGGAGCUACGGUUCUGUUGGCAUGAACCUAACCGCCCGCUUUUCUGCUCUCUUUCAGGUGACGGACGUCAUCUCUAUCCUUACUAUCCGGAAUGUGCGCUACGGAGAUUACGGAAACUAUUCAUGUAGAGCUGAGAACAAUUACGGAAGCCAUUUUGUUGUCGUCAACCUGUUCUGUAAGCACCGCCACCUCCCUGCCUUGAACGCCUCUAUUAGGCCUUCUUUUCAUGCUGAGUUUCGAGGACUCUUUUGGCAUAGCGUCGUUUUGGAGACUUUCAUUUCGCAUGAAACUGCAUGA